CCGACCCCGAUGUUAUUAGAGCUUUUGAAAACGCCGCCAAAUAUACACCACUGGGAAGAGUGGGCACAACAGCCGAUGUCGCCAAAGGGGUGGUAUUCCUGUCCUCAUCGGACGCCUCGUUCAUAA